ACAAACAGCGAGUUCUGGUCACGUGAUUGUCGGUGUAUCUUCGGCGUCUGUCGAGCACUCGAUGGGGACCGUAUAUAUUCGAGGACGCUGCCUCCAUCUUGGUUUUGUCGCCUCUCCCUCAUCCGCAGCGCUUGCAUAAGACCGCUGUCCUCCUCGCUCCGUGUUUGGAGCCAAGUCUCAGGGAAAAGCUCUCCGGUCCACCCUCUGUUUGUGUGUGCGUCACUGGGCUCUGAGGAGCAGGGUGCGGCGUCAUGACUAAAGAGGAGCGCGUGGAGGAGCAGAAGAACGUGGAGGAACAAGACAACAUAGGAGAGGAGGAGCUCACAGAAGGAGAGGAUGGUGACGUGGAUGACUGUGAGUCGGAGGAGGCCAAAGUGAUCGCUGAGGAGGAGCAGGAGUGUGAUCCUGCUGUGGGCAGCGACGUGGAGGGCGGACCUGGGCCCCAGCUGCAGGCACUGUCCACCACACCAAGUCCAGAAACAAGACGUCGACCCAUUGUGCACCCAUCUUCUCAAGCGCCUCUUCCCGAGGACUAUGCCUUCACAUUCUUUGAUCCCAACGACCUGGCGUGUGCAGAAAUUCUGCGAGACCCUCAGACCACCGUCCCGGAGCUCUUCGCCAUCUUGCGCCAGUGGGUUCCGCAGGUCCAGCACAAGAUUGAUGUCAUUGGCAAUGAGAUUCUGAAACGGGGGUGCCAUGUCAACGACCGUGACGGACUGACAGACAUGACGCUGCUGCACUACAGCUGCAAGGCUGGAGCUCACGGCGUUGGUGACCCUGGAGCAGCGCUGCGUCUCACAAGUCAACUGAUCGCACGAGGAGCUGACGUCAGUCUCCGAAGCCGCUGGACCAACAUGAACUCCCUUCACUAUGCAGCUUAUUUUGAUGUUCCAGAGCUGAUCCGGGUUCUGUUGAAAGCUGCUGGAGCCAGAGGUGUUCACGCACUUCUCAACUCCACCUGCAGUGACUUUCACUUUGGAACAGCGCUUCACAUUGCAGCAUCAAACCUUUGUCUCAGCGCUGUCAAGUGUCUCCUGGAGCACGGAGCCAAUCCUUGCGUCCGGAAUGAGAAGGGUCAGGUCCCGGCGGAGGUGGUUCCAGACCCAAUGGACAUGAGUCUGGACAAAGCAGAAGCCGCUCUGGUGGCCAAAGAGCUGAAGCAGCUGCUCCAAGACGCUGUUCCACUCAGCUGCAAUCUUCCUCGUGCUACUCUUCCAAACUACGACAACAUCCCAGGAAACCUGAUGCUGCUGUCGCUGGGGCUGAAGCUGGGUGACCGCGUGCUGCUGGAUGACAUGAAGAGUGGCACGCUGAGGUUUUGUGGCACCACCGAAUUUGCCAGUGGUCAGUGGGUUGGCGUGGAACUGGAUGAGCCAGAAGGGAAGAAUGACGGCAGUGUUGGUGGCGUGCGAUAUUUCAUCUGCCCUCCAAAACUUGGAAUCUUUGCUCCGGUCUCAAAGAUCACCAAGGCCAUGGACCAGGUGACCUCUGUGUCGUCCACACCGCAGACCCCCCGCAUGGAUCUGGCCGCCAGGUUGGCUGGAAAGACAAAGAAGCAGAAAGAGAAGAAGGAACGGGAGAAGACCCUGAAGAAGAAGAAGAGUUCCGGGGUGAAUCUGGAUCCAGAAGGCCUGAACGUGGAGGUCGGCGAUGAGGUCCUAGUUGCUGGUCAAAAGCACGGCACGGUCCGUUACUUUGGCAAAACUGACUUUGCUCCAGGCUUCUGGGUUGGGGUGGAGCUGGACCAGCCCACUGGGAAGCACGACGGCUCCGUGUUUGGGGUCCGUUACUUCCACUGCCUCCCCAAGUACGGGGUCUUUGCCCCGCCGUCCAGAGUCCAGAGAAUUGGGGGUGCCAAAGACUCGCAGAAAGACGGAGUGAAGAAGGUUCAUCAGGUCACAGUGUCGCAGCCAAAACGGAACUUCAACACUCUGCGGUCCCCCAAAGAUCUGAGCAGUGAGAGCUCCAUAUCCAGGCUGCUGUUCUGCUGCUGGUUUCCGUGGAUGCUGCGUGCAGAGAUGCAAUCGUAACAAGCCCCGCCUCCAAACGCUGCACCCUUGUGUUCCCUGUCAAGACUCUCUGUUUGGUGCCUUUCAUUUGACGAGGAUAAGCCACCUUCUUCCAAAGCUCCCGGUAACCCGCCUUGCUGUGAUGAUGGUGGAUCUGAGCAGCAGAUAUUCCUGUGGUAACAGCGUAGUUGUAGAAUCGUCCCGUCCGGGGAACCUGCACGCUUCUGUCGUUAUCCAGUAUUACUAAUCAUUAUUGACGUGAACAUAAGUAUGACAUCAUUUCCUGUUGACCUUUCACAAUAACGGCACAGUGAACCACGAGUUGUCAUGUUGAUGCUGUAACGUGUCUUUCAAAUAAAAGGAAACCGCAUUCA